AUGGGCAAAAGUGCAAAGUUCCACAAGCGCAGCAAAAAAAUCGCCUCUUCCUCAGCAGGCGGAGGCUCCACCAAACCCGAAGCUGUCGCCUCAGCGAAGAAGAGGGCCAGCCUCAAAGACAAAGCUACUACGAAACCAUCACCCUCAAACCCCGCCAAAUCAUCCGCACCAGCGUCCACCGUCAAAGCUCAGAAUGUAAAUGGAUCGGCGAAGAGGAAACCCGGAGACGGAGGCGAGGGACAUAUAUUGGGAGGAGCGGAUUAUGUGACGUUGAUGAUGGGGAGUCGGAGGAAGGCGAGGGAGGAGGCGAAGAAGUUGCCUAGGGAUGAGGAGGAUGGGGUGGAGGAGGCGAUGGAAGAGUGA